GUGUCGUGGUCACGAAAAAAAAAAUCAUUCGACACAAACGUAGAAAAAAAAACUCUCGAAGAAACAGAAGGCGAUUUUCGAUCCAUCUCGUUCCAUCUUCUUCCCUCGCGUUCCAAGGUAAAUCGAGAGGAAUCUGUAGAUUUAUGGUUAAGCAAACAUGGGCCAAGACUAUAGCUACACCCAGCCUUCCUCAUCAGACGAGUAUGACUUGACCUCACUGCUUGAAGCUGAAGCGGCUUUGUACGCCGAAGAAGCUGAGAGUAGCUACAACAUUGGUGAGCCUGUUCAGUGCCCACCUCAGCCGUUUCAGUACUUAUGUGGGGGACAUACAAAUGCGGAGGAGAUGCGUGCCUUUGAGACACAACUUAGUCUUCUCAAGGAUCAAGUUCGUGCGAGUGACCAGAAGCUGGCUACGCUCGAGAAGACCCUGUGUGAUGAGUUAUGCAAGAAGACAUCAUGGGUUACAAUUCUUGGAGUAUCUCUUCUGCUGAGCCUUUUACUUUUAAUAGCGGUGAUAAUUCUUGGAGGAACAGCUUCGAAGGAUAGUAGAAGACUAUCUAACGUGGAGACUGUCUUUAAGGUUCCGCAGUAAAAGAGGAAGCAAGUCACGGGUGCCUUUGGAGUGGUGAAAGUCUUUUCUUCUGUAGCUCAUGUGAAGCAAGUCACGGGAAGUCCUUUUUCUGCUAUAAGUUUGUGUCACGGUUUCUAUCUUGCCAUCACUUCUUCCUUCCUUUUUUUUCCCGAUUCCAAUCUGGUCGAGAAGAAGUUGUUUUAGUUUAUUGUUGUUGUAACAUUUAGCUACUACUCCAAGUUGUAAGUUUGGCUACAACUCUAUCUUGCCAUCAGUACUAUUUUUAAUCAGAUAUGUCAUCAUCUUCAUCCGAUGAAGUCGAUGAAAGAUUGGACGAAAUUUGUGAAGAAUACGUAGAAGAAAUAUACAACGACAUAGUGGAGGCCCAAACCAUACCGCAAAGGACACAUGCAUAUGUAGAACGACACCGCGAAGGAGGACAAGACCAAUUAUGGAAUGAUUACUUCAGCGAAAAUUCGACUUUCUCGACUCAAUUAUUCAGACGCCGUUUCCGCAUGAAUAAGGAAUUAUUCUUGCGUCUUGUUCAUGGCCUAGAAGCGUCCUUUCCAUUCUUUCAGCAAAGAAGAGAUGCAACCGGCAGGUGGAGUCUUACUGCACUACAAAAAUGUACUGCAGCUAUUCGUCUGCUCGCUUAUGGUACCGCGGCCGACACCGUUGACGAAUAUCUGCGACUUGGUGAGACCACUGCACUUUCGUGUUUACAUAAUUUUACUGACGGAAUAAUACUGUUAUUCGGAGAAGAGUAUCUACGACGACCCACACCGGAGGAUCUUCAACGACUACUCGAUAUUGGAGAGAAACGAGGGUUUCCUGGGAUGGUCGGGAGCAUUGACUGUAUGCACUGGGAGUGGAAAAAUUGCCCAACCGCUUGGAAAGGACAAUACGCCCGUGGAUCAGGAAAACCGACAAUUGUAUUAGAGGCUGUAGCAUCCCAAGAUCUUUGGAUAUGGCACGCCUUUUUUGGUCCUCCAGGUACCUUAAACGAUAUUAAUGUCCUCGAUCGGUCUCCUGUUUUUGAUGAUAUUUUACAAGGUCGAGCUCCGAGGGUAAAGUACGUGGUCAACGGACACACGUAUAAGUUGGGGUACUACCUCACAGACGGUAUAUAUCCAAAAUGGUCAACAUUUAUCCAAUCUAUUACCCUUCCUCAAACUCCUCAACAAGAGUUAUUUGCUAAAGUUCAAGAAGCAACCCGGAAAGAUGUGGAGCGGGCUUUUGGAGUACUUCAAUCUCGAUUUGCAAUUGUGAGAAAUCCGGUCAAAACAUUGAACAAAGACAAGAUAGAGAAGAUUAUGCGAGCAUGUAUCAUACUUCACAAUAUGAUAGUCGAAGAUGAACGGGAUGGAUACUCUCGUAUUGAUAUAUCUGAAUUUGAAGAAGGAGACGUCCCCAGAUGUUCAGAAGUGGAAACCGAGUGGCCAACAAAUCUGAAUAAUAUCUUUCCCACUCGAAAUGAUCUUCGUGAUAGGCAAACACAUGAACGGUUGAAAACUGAUUUAAUUCAAAAUAUUUGAAAUAAAUUUGGUGAAGAAGAUUAGAAAUUAUUCUAUCUUUAUGUAAAAUUAAUGUUCUUUUCUUUAAUUGUUGUCUUUUUAUGUUUAAUUAAUGUAUUUUAUGUUUAAUUAUGGAAUUUUAUGUUUAAUUAUGGAAUUUUUUGUUUAU